CCGGGCUCCUGGACGCCGUCUCCUGCUUUCGGGGCGCUUGGACGCAGCUCAGCCCGGGCCAGCCAGCAGCGCCCUCGCAGCCCACCCCCAGCAUGCGGCGGGCGGCGUGCCCCAGCUAACCCCCCGCCCACGCGUGUGUGCUCCGCAGCCUGGGGGCAGCGAGCGGGGCCGGAGUGCCGCAGCCGGACGGGCACAUGCAGUCACUGUCCUGAACUGAUGGAAGUUUGAGGACGGCUGUGACAUCAUUAAGAAGGCCGAAGAAGCCAAUCCCAACAUGCCUUUGGACAUUCCAUUGAUCAAAGCCUGACUUCAUUAAAACGUGAUGGGGGAAAAAGAAAAAGGCAGUAUCAAUUAAAAGUUAGCAAUAUGACCGGUCUGCCAGUCAUGAAACGGAUUCUGCUGGUGAUUUUCCUGGCUGCUGCUGUUAUGUAUGGUAUACUUCUGUGGAAGACAAAUGUCUAUUUGCUGCCGCCUACAGCUAUACGAAGAAAAACUGGACUAGAAACGUGUAAAGUGGAGCCACCAUUUGCGUCUUUAUUGAAAGGUCAGCAAAUAUAUCCAUUCCUAUGUGUUAAUGACUUCAUGAAAGUAGCACUGUCCAAUGGAAAUGAUAAGAUUGAGUUACCUUAUGGAAUAAAGAGAGCAGAGAGUUAUUUUCACCUAGCCCUUUCAAGAGUGAAUAACUGCGGACUAUUCAGUGAAGAUGAUGGCGUUUUCUGUAGAAGGUGUGUUGUUGUUGGUAAUGGAGGAGUACUUCGAAAUAAGACACUAGGGGAGAAAAUUGACUCCUACGAUGUGGUAAUAAGAAUGAAUAAUGGUCCCGUCAUAGGGUACGAAGAGGAUGUUGGAAGGAGGACAACUUUCCGACUUUUUUAUCCAGAGUCUAUUUUUUCAGAUCCAAUUAACUAUGAUCCUAACACUACUGUAAUUCUUCUUGUCUUCAAACCACAUGACUUAAAGUGGCUCUGGAACAUACUGAGUGGUCAUAAAAUAAAUACUAAUAGUUUCUGGAAGAAACCCGCCUUGAAAAUGAUAUAUAAAGCUAACCAAAUCAGGGUACUUGACCCUGUCAUUAUCAGAAAAACAGCACAUGAAUGGCUUCAGUUCCCAACAAAGUUUCCCAGAAAAGAAAAACCCAAACAUCCUACAACAGGGCUAAUUGCCAUCACGAUGGCAUUUCACAUAUGCAGUGAAGUUCACCUGGCAGGCUUUAAGUACAACUUCACUGACCGAAACAGUUCUUUGCAUUAUUAUGGCAAUGAGACCAUGUCUGAGAUGAUUGAGAAUGGAUACCACAACAUCAUUGCUGAGCAAACGUUUUUGAAGUCGCUUAUAGAUAAGAACUUUGUGAUCAGCUUGACAUGAGACUGAAUAGACAAUGGCAGAAUGAUCACUAUUUUCAACAAGAUAGAUUUUAUUUUUUGUACUGUAUUUUUAUUUUUUAAAUGCCAUAUCUAUUACUGAAAUAUUUAAAAGAAGCACGGAUGCCUCAUAAAGGUGGCGGUAGUGGAGUGCCACUGUCUAAGACUGAUGAUGAGUCGCUAUCUCCUGGACACAAGUAGAGUGAACUGAUGUCUGUGACUCUAUUUAAUUAUGAAAAAAUACAACCUUCAGCUAAAAAAUAUCAGGGAUAUAUAAAAAUAUGAUGCACACCAUUUAUUUAACAAUAAGAAAAAAAAAUUCAGCAACUGAUGUCUUUUCCGUAUCUUCCUUUCCUGUUGCCCAGAGACUUGGAAGGCUAUGAAAUAAUUGAUAAAGGGAUACAAAGUCUUUCACCCCUCUCUUCUGGUUUGAAAACGAUUUAGGAUAAGUGUAUCUGCAAAUCAUUACUAUCUGAAGGAUGUCUAGUAGCUGUAUAGUAUAUAAAGUGCAUUUUUAGUCUCAGUCCACCUCCCAGAGGGCAGAUGUCCACAUCAUAGAAAAUCACCUUCAUAAUUCACACAAACUGGUGUUUUCUUGUUGUCUAUCUCAACAAAGAGGCCCCAGACUGAACUGCCCAUGGACUUCUGGAUAUAGCACGUGUACACCUGGGUUGGAGACCCACUGGUAUAACAGUGUGGGGAAGUCUGGAUUGAUUCUGCUCAUGCUGUAUCUAAUAUAUGGAUACAUUUGUUCUCAGUGCUGUCAGUCUGAUUUAUUUCACAAGCACCUGAAUUCAUUUUUAAGAGGUAAGCACAAUCUCCUUUAAACUGUGGAAUUAUAGAAGAGUUUUAAAUAUCUGAGUUGUUUUGACACUACUGUGCAGUAUUGACCAUUUUCAGAUGGAUUCGCAACCAGAACACCCCAAUGAAUAUGAACUAGAAUCUUGAGUUUGUAAAUUAAAAUUUCUUUCAAACAAAAUGUCUUUGAUGAAUAGAUUUCCCUCCCCUCCCCAAACACACACACUCCAGAAGCCUUUGCACUUCUUAUUCUCCCAAAGAUGAAGAUAUAUUUUCCAAAACAGCACAAUUCCCCUCACCAUAACAGGUAACUGUGAAGGGUUUCAAGAGCACCAAGAGAUCAUCACAUGCACCAAUCAUCUUCUAUAUUUCUUGACAGUAUGAGCAAAACAGCAUCUGAGACACACAUUGACCAAUUCAGAGAAUUACAAUUUUGUUUUUAUCUGGCAAUUCCUUUGUCCUCCUUUCCUUUUAUUUUUUCCUGUUCUCUUGAGUUUUAGGCUCUGUGUGUGUGUAACAGUUUCAAAAGUGCCUAAAUGAUUUAGGCAACUAAAUCCUAUUUUCAAACGUGAUUUACGUACUUUGGAGCCUAAAUCCUAACUCCUAAGUGCCUUAGUCAUUCUGAAAAUGGGGCCUAGACUUCUAAGUCACUUAGGGUCUUUUGAAUUUUUUUACUCAGGAUCUUCAACUAUAAAAUGUUUGGUGGGAUAGUCAUAUAUUGUGAACCAGUUUUCUCACAGAAGUCCAUAGUAGCUCUAAGUGAAAUCUGCUUGAGAAUGUCACCAGGAGCUAUGAAGGCCUAAGUUGCAAAGUAAAAUUCCAUUCUAAUCAUCCUAUAAGGUACAUUAGUCAGGGGAGGUACGUUUUAAAGCUCUGUGGUCAAUUGAUCGAUCUUCUAGGAAUCAGAAAAUCACAAAGAAGUAUGUUUCAAAGGAAUUUUGAAAGUGGAUAAAAUAAUCUAAUAUUCCACAGCAGUAUAUAUUAAUUUGAACAGAGAUUAAUCUAAAAAACUAGGAGUGCAGGAUUGCCUUCUUCAGAAACGAGGGCAUGAAGCAAAAGACUGAAUCUUGCUAUAGAGUAUUGACCACUAUUUUCUUGCGUCAUAAAUGUAAAAGUAAGCAAGUACCUGGUUUAGAUUAGAGUGAAGUGGUCAAAGAUUUUCUAUUACACAUUUUCUAUUUCUGUCUGUCAGAAUUGUUACAAGUAUUUUAAAAAAUUUAUAUGGGUCUCACCCUCUCUCUCUCUCUCUCUUUUUUUUAGCUGCUUGGUUCUAAUGAGUGCUAUAAUUUUUUUUAUCCCCGAUGGUCUCAGAUUAAGCUUGUUGGAUUAGUCAGGCCUAAACUCUAGUGAGGCCACAUCAUACUACAUUUUGUAAGGACAUGAUGAUUUUGAGUAAUUCCAAAUGUCUUUAGAAGGUGAUAUUGAGGCUCUUGCUCUGUUAAUCAUGUUUACACUAUUUUUCUCACCUCCACACUGCCAUCAUUUUUAGGCCCUUGCUUGAAAAUUUAUACGCAAAUUGAUCCAUUGUUUUUCACAAGACCUUGAAGCUGGCUAGCAUUCAUUUCAAUUCAUUUAAAAGGCUUGUUUGUGUGGAAAGAAAACCAUGAGGAGGUGCAUCAGAAGAAUUACAGUCAUUAUUUUUAUGUGUUUAGUGCUGUUGAGAGAGGUUUUUAUGUAAUUACUACAUGUGCAGCUUUCAAAAAGCACUCCGCAUCAGUGCUGGCCUAACUCUGUACCCCUUGAAGACAUUGGUAAAACUCCCACUUCCGUGAAAGCAGAGUUAUGCCAAAAGUGAAAAUUCUACCUUAUAAAACUAGGAACACGGCAGCCUCAUGCUGGUCCAACUACAUGAGGUCUCUUAAGUAUCUGUAUAGAACCCAUUACAUUCUGGCAGUAUAUAGGUAGUAAAGACUUGUACCAAAGUGUCCAACUGUAUCAAAGUGUCAGCGUUUAGUAUGAUAGUAUCACAGGAUCGCUUUCUAAAAUUAGCUAUAUAAUUUUCCCUCUCCUUUUGAGCAUCCCCUGGUAUUUAUCUUUGUCAUUUCUCUUUCCUUUCCUUUCCACCUUCUUCCUCAUUGAAGAAGGGAUACAGCAACACAUAGCUUUGGAGAAGUGAUUGUUCCUCAUCUAUACUUGUUCUCCAAAUUGGUGUCGUCCAUAAAUCUACUCUCAUCCACCUACAUCUUUUCUUAAGUUCCUGUCAUACGGUUUUUUGUUUGUUUGGAGACAUAGAAAUAAGUCAUGGGUAGGUUUCAGCCAAAAGAGCUGACAAUUGGGGUUUGUGACAGUCUAGUUAGUCACCUAAACUAUACACACAUCACCAAAUGGUGACAACUGGGAAGGGGGAGAUGGUUGUGAGGGAAUGCAAAGAGAACAAAGUUAAGCUUUCAGAGCACUCCAAUACAUGCUUUGAAUGCUACAUAUAUAGAGCAGAGGGUACUGUCUUCAGAAAGCAUAAUUUAUGGGUAAGUAAUUUUAUCUUUGAUACUAAGCAGUGAAAUAAUUAUUACAAAGAUUUUUUUGGUAGCAUAAUGCAGGCUUUAUAGAAUUCUGUAUACAUUGGACCUGUUUCUCCGCUGCCAUGUACCCUGUGUAGUUAUUUACACCUGGGGAAUGUGGACACCACAUGGUUUCAAAUCAGAAUAGUAGCAUUUUGCACCCAUGUUGCACAGGUGUAAAUAACUACACAAGGUGCUAGGUAGUGGAGAAUCAGAAUCAUGGUGUCUGUUUUAAAUAUAACACAUUUUUCAGGUCAUCCUGUGCCACUGUUAUUCCAACUUGCCUUGAGAUUUUUCCUUUUAAAAAUAAGUUGAGCAAUUGGAGGAGGAACUUUUUCUAAGACUCGCUUUCUACAAUGGGCCACUCUAUUAAAAGCUGCUUUUUAAUUUGAUAUCUGCAACAGUACAAGUUGAAUUCCAGGAUACUGCAAGCUGUAGUUCCAUGUAGCGUGCCAGUAUAACUGUGCCGAAUACUAAUGAAUUUAUUUCGGUUUUCCUUCUGUCAGCUGCAAUAGACCAUUUGCUUUAAGGCCCCAGUCAAAACACCACUGAAGUGAAGGAGAGUCUUCAGUGGCCUUUGGGGAAGAUUCUUAAAGCAAUGGACUGAGCUUGCUGUGUUGUGAAAGUUAUCUUAAUUUCUUCAACUGUAACAAUUAAGGGCAAUUCUGAGAUGUAACUAAAAGACAGGUUACAGAUUAAUGCACGAAGGAUGAAUCUGUGAGUGUUUAAUGCACAUCUGUAGAUUACAUUUCAAAUGAAAAUGUAUUAUUCCUAUUUUGGAAUGACAAGAAGGGUGUUUAAUAAUUAGUAUGUGACGUGUAUUGUUAUGUACACAAAUAAUAUACGUAUCUUUUUUCCAAACACCCUUACAGGGCACUUUUACAUAUUUUCUUAACCUAAAAUAUGGGAACAGGGGUGUUGUUUGUGUGGCUGUGUUGUUUUUGUAUGUGUUUUAAUAAUUUUAAGAGUAUGUGAAAAUCAAUGUUUUGUUUUUCUGGUUUCCAUAAAUAUUUGAUUUCAUUUGCUGUUUGGCUUGAUUUUUGUGUGUCUUUUACACAAACUGUAUUUUGACAGUCAUUGGCUGUUAACAGGUAUUUUAAGUGGAGUUUUGAAUAUUGUGAGUCAGAUUAUUUUCCAUAUAAUAAAUCUGUUUUAAGGACACUGCCCUCUUCAGGCACAUUUUAGCAAAUCACAGUGCUAGACCUCAUUACAGCACUAUAUAAAUGAUGUAUGGUGGCUCUAUCAUUGCCGUUCAGUUGACACAUUUAAUUUGAUAAAGGAGAUGUCAAGUUUCUAUGGUGGUGGGUAGAGAAAUGGGGAGGGAAAGUGCCAUCCAUGUAACUUUAACAUGAGCUGUAGCAUAGUGCACAAAUGAUACACUCUAUCAGAACGGUGGCUUUUGCUUUCUCAAAAUUGAGGGGCAGGACAAAAUCACUCUUUUUUGGGAAGAUUGACACUUUGCAAAUUAGGUUUCAAACUACUCUUUGCUGAGCAAAAGCAAAAUCUUGUCACGGUUGGUGAUGGUAAAUUUCAUCAAAGAAGAAAAUUCUCUUAGAGGCAACAUUUUCAUGGGUUUUUAAUCUUGUUCAUCACGAGUCGUGUCUGGAAGCUCAAUAGGAAGAGCUUGAGGAAACAGGAAGCUCACGAGAGACUUCGGAGGAAAAGCAGAGAAAUACUAAAGAACAUAUUGUUUGCCUCAGUGCUAUUUGUUUUUUCUCACUUUUUCCCCCCAUGAACUUGAGUUUGGAAAAGAAAAAGCCCUUUCUUCGGUGUGUGGUUUUAGGGAUUCUGAGUGUGGCCCAGUGUUCAAAAAGAAGAAGAAAAAAAUCCACCAUGAAUGAAUAUGCGGGCACAUUCACUUUAGUUUUGACAUUUUGUGCUAGAUUGUGACAUUACAUUUUGCCAUGAGUAAGGGGCUGCCCUGCCCCAAGAGCACCUCAGGGAAUGGACUGUGAGAAUUAAAAAUUUGUUCUCUGGUCUCUGUCUGAGCAAUCAAGGCACCAGGAAUUUGCUACUGGUCUAUUUCAGUAUCAGAUUGUUUCCCACACUACGCUAGUUUGGUGAAUAAACGUCUCUGUUCUACAAUGGCAGAUCUGGGAACAGAAUUCAGAUCUCCUGACUCUGGAUCUGAUGGCCCAUCCUCAGCAGCAUGCUGUACAGCCCACGGUAUAUUUAUGCCUAUUGGUAGGUUCAAGGCUUAAAAGGAGACUGUCACUAAUUGCCCACCCAGAAUGAUGAGGAUCAUACUUAAGCAUGUGUCUCUUGAGGCACAUCCCCUCUUCCUAUGCUCCACCCUUUUUUCAACCUGUGUUUUCAAGCAAGGUACAUAGUUCUCCACACCAACCAGUACUCUACUUAAACUCUCUCUCCCACACACUCACUCUCUCUCUCUCUCUCUGAGCCUCCACAACACCCACGAGACAUGGCUGUGCAUCAAGCAAGGCCAUGCAGGAUUAAGGCCUAUGUAGAAAUGCCAGUGGUGUUUCCUCAGGGUGAUAUUUGCAUUUGAGCACAUUCAGGAUUCUAGAGGCACCAUCUGUUGGUAAAUGCUCUGCGAUUACAUUGGUUUCUUUGUAAUACGGAUUAAUAGCAAGCUUGGCAAAAUAAAAUAAAAUGUCCUUUGUAGAUCAUCA